AUGCUAUCCAGAGACACAGUCUUUGGAAUUGUUUUCCUCUACCAGAGUAUCUUUGGAUUCCUAGGAAACGCAACUGUGUUUCUGGUGUAUAUGAACAGUUUCAUAACUCAGCCCCAGCAGAAGAAGCCCACAGACCUGAUCCUUACCCACCUGACCGUGGCCAACACAGUGACCCUUCUUACCCGUGGGGUCCCAGAGAUUAUGGUGGCCUUUGGGAUGAGGAAUAUUUUCAAUGAUGUUGGGUGUCAGAGUGUCAUGUACAUUAACAGAGUGUCUCGUGGCCUUUCCAUCUGCACCACCUGUCUUCUGAGUGUGUUCCAAGCUGUCACCAUCAGUCCCAGCACCUCCCAGUUGGCCAGGUUCAAACCCAGGGCCUCCAAAUACAUCCUACCUUCCUUCUUCUUCUUCUGGAUCCUCAACAUGUUAAUCUACAUCAGAGUGAUUACCUCCAUUCAAGCUAUCAGAAAUGUCACCAUCGUGGGGUGGGGAUAUGCUUUGAAAUACUGUUCCACUCUCCCUGAUGGGGAUUUCAUCACUUCGAUUACCUUUCUAAGUGCCAUGACUAUCCGAGAUCUCUUCUUUGUAUUCCUCAUGAGCUGGUCAAGUGGCUACAUGGUGAAUGUACUCUAUCAACACCGCAAACAAGUCCAGCAUAUCCACAGCACCUGUCUCACCCCCAGGUCCUCUGUAGAGACCAGAGCCACCCAGACCAUCCUGGUCCUGGUCAGUUGCUUUGCUUGCUUUUACUGGAUCAACAGCAUUAUAACAGUCUAUUUGACCAAUGUAGUUGAUAAAGAUCUUCAGCUCGAGAGCACAACAGCUUUUCUCUCUGCCUGUUACCCAACCCUCUGUCCCCUGGUCCUGGUCAGCAGCGAUCCCCGGGUCAGGAGGAACUGCUGUGCCCUGGGGAAGGGGAGACAUCCCUCUCACACCAUCAGGGCCUUGACCAAUCAAGUCAUUCCUAAGCACUAA